AAUACCAAGACACCAACGAAGAAGAAAUGUAAACAGGAAAUAAAACGUCAACACCCUCGUCUGGAACAAUCUUUUUUUGCCAAAUUUCUGCGAUAAUAACGAAAUUAGCUGUAGUUGAAGGUUAUAGGUGAGUUUUUAAGUUUCUUGUUUUCUUAAAACUCCUCUGACUUUUGCGUUUUAGUCGUUUUUUUGCCGUUUUUCCGUCAUGUCGGGUUCGUUGACUACGGGGGGAGAGAUGAGUAACGCUCAGUUAUUUCAGCAGGUAAGACCGUUUUAAAGCUUUUCCAGUUAUACCUGUACAUGUAAACUGUACCUGUAAAAAGUGUUAAGGGUGUCUUCUGGAGCUAAUUGUUCUCUUUUAUUGACACAAAUUACUCCAGAUAUAAGACAGUGAUGAAAAAAUGUAGGAUUUCUGAAGGUUUUACCUGAAAUGUAGCCCCAGUGUGUAAACUUGGAUUUACUGUGAAUCAUAAUUAUUUCAGCUGGAAGUCUUUGUCGUUUAGAGCUCUUUCAUGUUUUUAAUGUACCUCUGUAAAGCUCUAGAAGUCCUCUGUGUAUGAAAGGUGUCCCAUUAAUAAAUUAGCCCCACCUGAUAGAUAAAAGUCCAAAUUUACGAAUUUAACAAAUUUUGAUGUAAAUGUCGUUACAUUUGUCAGAAACAAGUUGUUUUGAAUAUCUUUUGAUUGAAAUCACUAAAUGAUUUGGUGUGAUGUUCAAAAGUUAUGCAUACAACUGUUACCUGAUCUUUGUAUUAAACUAGUGAGCAUUGGCUCCUAAAAGGUAUGGAAAGAGGAAAAAGUGAGGCUGUUAAAAUCAAAAAAGUCCAUUUGCCAUUUCUCUUCAACCUCAUAUUAAAUAUCUUCCCCCUCAUGCAGAUAGCACUGCUGCGCUGGCUGUCCUCUCAGUCCGAUGAGGAUCGAGGAUCUUUGACGGCAGUGACGGGCAUUCAGGUUGCCAAAGAGGUGCUGAACCGGAUCACCGGACAAGACAAAGUGGACGAUUAUAAGGUACGUAUGUGCUGGCUGCAGAGAUCUGAUGACAGGUUUGACAACCAAUAAAAUGAGAAAGAGACAAUGAUGGACAAACCUUCUUUUCAUGCAAAAAACACCGGCCAGGGACAACAAAUCAUUAAAUUAACAAAUGAAUUGGGUAAAAUAAACAUAAAAUGUACUUCACAGUGCUGUUUAAAAGUAGUUUCCACGAUAAUAAGAUUAAAAAGCUCCAUCAUACAGAAAAUUUUUGGAGCAUUUGAAAUUCCCCGUAACUAAAGAAAGUGACUUUUCUUCGUCAAAAAGAAAAAGUUUAAACGGUCAAUGAGUGGAAAAGUUGGACUGUAGUUAAGUAUAAAAUUUUUAUGUAAGCUCCUACUAAAUGUUUUCCAAAUUUUCUUUUGUUUCUUUUUCUUGGUAUUAUUUCCAGCUUUUUGCACCUCAGAAAUGUUUUUUGUUAGAGUUGCUCCAAAAUACAGUAAAAUUCAAAAAGAUACAUACAUGAAUACAAAAACCAAGAGAAGUAUUUUGACUUUUUUAAAAUCUUAAGUAACUUUGUGUGUGUGUGUGUGUGUGUUUUCUCAGAGAAACUGCAUCCUGAGUAUCUCACAGUUCAUCAAAGACAACCCUCGAGCCUCACAGAAUCAGAUCAAUGCUGAGGUGGAGAAAAGAGUUCUGAUCUUUGCUGCUCAAGUCCAAGCUCUGGAGUCAGCCCCUCUGCUCUGAACCAAAGUUUUAAUGAUUAUACCAAACGAAAGAAGAUUUUAUGUCCUUUUUACUUAAAAUGUAUCAUAAGUUACACUUUAAAAUGUCUUUUUUAUCUUGCAUGAUAUUUGUGUAAUUACUCUAUGUUUUUAAUGAUUUCCCAGUGCAGAAUUUUUGUCUGAAGUCUGUAUCAGGACUUUGUAUAAGGAGAGGAAAGCUCAAUGGGACCUUGGAAGUUUUAGAAAUAAUUUUGAAAAGUUGCAGAGUCCAAUCGUUUAAGCUUAAGAACACAUUGAAAGUCUAUUGAAGUGUUAAAACUGUGAUGUCCGCGACAUUCCUGAGUGUCAUUGCUUUAAAACUGUUUGUUAAUGUGAUUCUCCUUGAGUUUCCAAAAUAAAACCAUCAGUAUAUUCACAUCUUCA